AUGCUUCUGCCGGCUGGCCUCGUCACACUCACUGUGCUGGCCCUUGCCUGCGCGCAGACCGUGAAGCCGAACCCAAAGCGCGGUCUCGUCUUCGUGCCCCAUGAUGACACUCCAAGGGACAACUACAUUUGGACCAGGCCACCGACAACGCUUUCGUGGUACUAUAACUAUGGCCCGGAGCCGUCCGUGGUCUUCAACAACCUGACGCAGGACCAGUUCGAGUUUGUCCCGAUGCUAUGGGGCGCUUCAUCGGACCCCGAGGUGGCCAAGAAGGACACGAAAUUCGCGGAAACCGUCAAGGAUGUGAUCAAGAAGCGUGGGGUCAACAUCACGCACGUCAUGGGCUUCAAUGAGCCGGAUAUGGCGGGCGAUGGCAUGUCCAACAUCAGACCCGACAUCGCGGCGCGUGUCUGGGUCAACAACAUUGUGCCGUUGCAAGAGAUGGGCGUCAAGGCAGGCCUGCCGGCGCCGACGGCCAGCUGGGACGGCAUACCUUGGCUCAGGCAGUUCUUGGGCAACUGCAGCAACAUCAUCAGUGCUGGCGGCGAGAGGAGAAACUGUACCUUCGACUUUGUGCCGAUCCAUUGGUAUGGGAACUUUGAGGGUCUGGCGUCCCACAUCGGGACGUAUGCCGCUGCGUUCCCCGGCAAGAAAAUAUGGGUCACCGAGUAUAACGCCGACCACCAGGACCUGGCAGCGACGCAGGAUUUCUUUAAGCGCUCGCUCGAAUAUAUGGACCGGAUCGAGGACGUAGAGCGUUACAGUCUAUUUGGUGCAUUCAGGGCUCACACUAGUAAUGUCGGCCCGAACGGAGCCAUGCUCUCCGCCGGGGGCGAGUUGACUGACAUUGGGGCGUGGUAUCUAGGCAGGGAGGUCAAAGGGGUGGCCCCGUCCAGCACGGCGGGAAGUUCUGCCACAGAGAUCCAAGUGGGCUUGAGGGGGUGGUUGGCCAUAGUAUUUGCUGCGGUGCUUGUGCUGUAA